GCCGACGUCGAGCUCACGGCGGGUGCUCUCGCGCUGGCGGGAGGAGCUGGACGUCGCGCAGCGGGCCAAUCGGUGCUUGCUGGGACUCCGCCAGCUCUAUCGUGGGACGUUGGGCGACGAGCUCCUGCAUCCUGGGGAGAUCUGGGGUCAGGGGCCACUGCCCAGCACCAUGGACGGGGACCUCUCGAGGCGUGUGCUGGAGGAGGUACGUCGCCUACCACCGCCUCCCUCGACGCCCGAGCAAGGAGCCGCGAUCCUGCGGCUGCGCCCCGCCGCUACGGCGGCGGAGAACCAAUCCCGGUCGACCUAUGCCCAACGGUUGGCCGAGCUGCGGAGGAGGUGUGCUGGUGGACAGGUACGACUGCCAGACCGGGGCGAGACGUUUCCCGCCCAUUGGGAGCGGGUCGCUCUUCCCCCUCCAGGCUCAAUGCCGGUGAGUGCGAGGUCUGUGUCGCCGAGAGUGGCUCAGAUGCUAGACGAUUUUCGGAGGGAGAUGCUGAAGGAGGACGGCGAGGAGUGCGUCAGGGCCGCGGAGGUGAAGAAUUACGUGGACCCGCACUUCCGCCGCAAGAAGGACAUGCUGAUGCUGGCCAAGCGCAUGGCGCUGGCUGGGAUGCUGUGCCGCUGCGAAUCGAAGGUGGACGAGGUCGGGCUCUUCUGUGUGGUGAAGAAGGCCGAGGUCGUGGACGGCGAGCCCUUGGUGUCGUUGCGUUUGGUUUUCGACCAGCGGCGGUCCAACCUACGCUGGCGGGCGCCGCCGUGGUGUGCCAUGGGCGGGGUCAGUGCCAUGUCGUUUUUGGACGUGUCCGAGGAGAUGACGGAGGAGGGCGCUCGAAUGGUUUUUGGUACUGGCGACCUCCCCGACUUCUACUACACGCUGGAUUUGGGCGAGGCGAUCGCGCCCUACUUUGUGCUGCCUGGAGUCCGAUCUUCGGAGCUUCUCGACGUUCUCCCCUCGGACGCCCGCCUGAGCGGGUCAGGCGAGCACGUUGGUGUACGUGUGGCGCUGAUGGGUUUCUCUUGGGCCUGCUGGAUGGCCCAGACGACUAUGGAGGACCUGUUCAACUCUGGUCCCUCCAUGGGGAUGCCCGCCCUUGCCGAGGAGCAGCGUCUGGCAGAAGGGGGCCCGCUGCCCCUGAUCAGUCGGGAGGUGCCUGCGGCGCACUACGAGUACAUCGACGACUUCGGCAUCAUCGGGGUGGACUACCCUCCCAUUGCCGACGCCGAGCCGCCCACGCAGGUCAGGGACAUCUGGUUGGGAGCCAAGUACUUGGUGAACGCCGCGGGUUUCAAUGUGCACAAGGACGACUGCUCGGGACAGGCCCGGAUGAUCGGUGGAGACUUCGUGGGCACACGCCUAGCCCCGAACCAGGACAAGAUGUGGCUGGCCGUGGCCGGGGUGAGCGAGAUCCUCAAGCAGAGGUCGGAGUUCCCGGACGCUGUGGCCAAGAUCGUGGGUAUCCUGUCCUGGGGCUUCUUGAUCACUCGAGGGGCCCUGAGCGUCUUCUCGGAGGUCUAUCACUGGUGCAUGGAGUUCCGAGGGGGCCCCCGCCGUCGGCUGCCCGACGAGGUCCUCCGCGAGCUGGCUGUGGCAGCGGCUGUGGUGCCGCUGGUGUCUGUCGACCUGGCCAUGCCCUGGGACCCCACGGUGACGAUGUUCGACGCGAGCCUCUACGGCGGGGCCAUCAUCUCGGCCCAGGCCGACAUCCAGGAGAUGCGUCGAGAGGCGCCGAAGGAGCGACUGCAGGGCGAGACCGUGCUGCCCGCCGACACGGGUCAGGUGAUCGAGGAGUUGGCGGACAUCGCGGAGGAGGAUCCCUUCGCGCCGCUACGGCUGGGUCGGACCGUGAGGGCGAAGGUGCUGCGCUUCUUUCACCUCUGCAGCGGCCACACGCGGUCGGGCGACUUGGAGUUCUGGCUCGCUCGUCUCGCGGCCAGUCGGGGGUACGUGGUGCAGUGCACGAACGUGGACAUCGGGUUCGGGCCAGAGUUCGACCUGUCCGAGGAGGUGAACGUGCGGAGGCUGGAGCUGCUCGCCGAGCUGGAGGUGGAUGGAGGCCAUGCUGGACCCUCGUGCGCUACGUGGUCGAGGGUGCGCUUCCAGCCAGGAGGACCCCCUCCUGUGCGCCUCCGCUCACACCCGUGGGGCCGCCCCGGUCUUCAUGGCGCCGACCUGAGGAAGGUGGAGAUGGGCUCGGCGCAGCUGUUGAGCAGCCUGCGCGUGCUCAAGGCGAUCGCUCUACGAGGUGGCUCAGUCUCGCUGGAGCAUCCUGCCGACCCGGGGAAGCCUCCGUUCCCCUCGAUCUUUGCAACGCCCGAGGUGCUGGAGUGGGAGGAGGUUCUCGGUGCCUACAGGGUGACCUUUCCUCAGUGCAUGUGGGGCUGCCCCGCACUCAAGUUGACCACUAUCUCGGGGACAGCCAAGGACCUGCAGCGGCUCAUUCGCCCAUGUAUUCACAAGAACCACACGGCGAGCCUGUGCGGGAAGGACGAGACGGGGCGUUUCAGAACGCGGGUAGCUCAGGCUUACUCGUCCGACCUCUGCCGCGUGCUGGCCGAGUGCCACCUGGACGCGAUGCUGGACGGGCGCGAGCGGCGCGAGGCGGAGUUCACCGAGAGGGCCGUGGAGCUGCUGAUCAAGGAGACGCUCGAGCGGAGGCGGCGCAACAUACGGGACAUCGACGUGCUGCCUGCCUCUUUCCUGGAGACCUCGGAGGCUGGGCUCUCGCUUCUGCCCUACUCGGUGGGCAAGAAGACGGCCCUCAACUGCUACGUGCCCAACGUGCGGCGCUUCCUGGAGUUCGCGCUGGACCUCGACCUGCCCAUGAUGAGCAGGGAGGAGAUCGACAAUUCCAUCCUGGUCUACCUAGACUACCUGGUCGAGGACGAGGAGGUGGGACCGCACAGGGGCGACUACGUGGUGCACGGCAUGGCGUUCGUUUGGCCUGAGCUGUCUACGGGCCUCCCGCGAGCCAAUCGGGCCCUGCGGGCGUGGCACAAGAUGCACGUGGCCGGCGAGGGUGGGCCUCAGCCACUCGAGGUGUGGGCUGCCCUGGACGAGGCCAUGAGGCUGGCCGGGUCCGUGGAGGCAGCAGAUGCAGCAGCGCUGGCGGUCGACGCCUACCUCCGCUCGGCGGAGGUCUUCGCGCUGCGAGUCGAGGACAUCAUCGACGCCGACGAUGACGUGGUGGCCAUCAAGCUGGGCGUGCAGGAGCGGAACGAGCGCACCAAGACGGGAGUGAGGCAGGGCGUGCUGAUCGACCGCCCGCACAUCGCCGACAUGCUGCGGGCGCGCAAGGCGGCCAAGAAGCCGGGCGAGCUGGUCUUCGGCUGCUCGGUGGAGGCCUACCGUCGUGCCCUACGGAAGGCCAGCGACGACAUCGGCAUCACCGCCUUCCCAGCCCACUCAGCGAGGCACUCGGGCCCCAGCCGCGACGCGGCGGAGGGCUAUCGGACGGUGUGGGCCAUCCAGCGGCGCGGCCGCUGGGCUUCUGAGAAGUCG